AUGGAGUCGUCAUCCCUGCUGUCAUCUUUAAAUGAUGAAUGCAAAUCAGAUAACUACAUCGAACCUCAUUAUAAGGAAUGGUACCGCGUUGCUGUCGAUACCUUGAUUGAAAGCGGGCUAGAAGCAUACCAUGAAUUUCUUGUCCAGGAGAGGUUUGCAGAGUUCCUAGCCGAGGAGGAAAUUAAUUAUAUCUUGAACAAUGCUAAGAAAUUUGCCCACAGUACAGGGCAUGCCUGUGAUAGUUCUUGUGAUGAUACUUCUUCGUCGGGAACUUACUGGCCCAUGGAGUCUGACGUCGAAGCUCCGAACCUUGACCUCGGUUGGCCGUAUGUGAUGCCUGGGCUUUCUGGCAGCACACACAUCGACCUGCUUUUCCAUCCACCACGAGCACACCUUCUCACAAUAAAGGAGACUAUUCGGAAGAUGAUCAAAGAAGCAAGAAAGGUCAUUGCAAUAGUAAUGGAUAUAUUUACAGACGUGGACAUCUUCAAAGAGAUCAUUGAGGCCUCAACUAGAGGGAUUUCAGUCUAUCUUCUGCUUGAUGAUUCCAACUUCAGUCACUUUCUAGGCAUGGCUGAAAAACAGGGAUGUCAAAUUCAGAGACUCAGGAACAUCAGAGUGCGGACAGUGAAAGGCCAAGAUUAUCUUUCAAAAACAGGAGCAAAGUUUCAUGGGAAAAUGCAGCAGAAGUUUCUUCUAGUUGACUGUCAGAAAGUAAUGUAUGGCUCCUACAGCUAUAUGUGGUCAUUUGAAAAAGCCCAUCUCAGCAUGGUUCAGAUCAUCACUGGACAGUUGGUUGAAUCCUUCGAUGAAGAGUUCAGAACCCUCUAUGCCAGAUCCUGCAUUCCUACUCCUUUUGCUCAAGAAGAAUCUGUGAGAGUGAAAAAUGGCAAGAGGCUCUGGGAGAAUGGCACCUACCAGCGUUCAGUAUCAUCCUUGGCCUCCGUUUGUAGCCAGAGAAACCUUUUCAGCCGGCCAGACAACUUUCAUAAGCUGGACUCCGGUUACUUAAAAAAUCGAGGCAUCUAUGCAGGAAAUGAAUACGAUAAAUUUCACAUGAGAGGUCACGGCUACAAGCCCCAUUUUGUUCCAAACUUUAAUGGCCCGCAAAAAAUCCGCCAGUAUCAGCCCAGUGGAAAAAAUGAAAAUUGGAAGAGACACAGCUAUGCUGGAGAACAGCCGGAAACAACUCCAUAUCUGCUUCUCAACAGGGCCCUCAAUCGUGCCAAUAAUCCAUCAAGCCACUGGAAAAUGCCCUCGGACAGCCUAAGCGUUGCCUCAUCAACCCGAGGAGGCUAUGUGAACCACCAUCGUGACCCUGUGCAGAGUUUCGCUGAUCGGCUCGCCCAGAGAAGGACGACAAAUCUUGUAGAAAGAAAUUCCAAUGUAAGAAGGUCUUUUAAUGGCACAGAUAACCACAUCCGCUACUUGCAGCAGAGGAUGCCAACUCUAGAGCACACGACAAAAUCCUUUCUACGCAACUGGCGAAUUGAAUCCUACUUAAAUGACCAUUCAGAAACACCCCCUGACUCAAAUGGAUCAACUCUAGGUGACAGGUUUGAAGGCUACGAUGGAUCAGAGAGCAUCAAGGCAAGCGCCCUUUACUCCCAUGCUCGACUUCGUUCAUCUAUUGUGUUCAAACCAACCUUACCAGAGCAGCAGGAAGUUAACAGUUGUACAACAGGCUCUUCAAAUUCAACCAUAAUUGGCUCUCAGGGAAGUGAGACACCAAAAGAGGCAUCAGGUAAUCAGGAAAGCAUCAACCACUCCAAGGACCAAUCUGCGUCAGAUUUGGACGCACAAGUAGAGUCCCAGGCAGAUGCCCUCACAAGAAAUAACCUUCAAGUUCCUGAAGACCACAGUGUUUCAAAUCAUUACACCAAUGGCAAUAUAGGCUCUGACAAGCACGAGCACACAAGCUCCAGUGGAAACCGACAGACAGAAAAUCUGAAUCUUCCUCAAAAUGAGACUACCUUGAAACGGCGAAGUUUCCCAAUAUUUGACAACUCAGUGACCAAUCCAGAUAAUGAAGGUAGCAAGCAUUACGUAUAUAGUACUUUGACUAGGAAUAGGGUUAGACAACCAGAAAGUCAGCAGGCCAAAGACGAUUUCCUGAAAGGCUCUAAAAGUAUGCACAAUGUUGCCAACAACUUAGAAGAUGAAGAUAAAACUAGUAAGGGAGACUCUCAAAAUGGACCAACCACCAAGUCAAUUUCUAUUGCAGCUCUCCUUGAUGUCAACAAAGAGGAGCCCAGCAAAGAGCUGUGUUUAAAGAAAGAAAAUAAAGGCUCCCCAAGUUUUUUGAAAAAGGGAUCCCAAAAACUGAGGUCCCUGCUCAGUCUCACUCCCGAAAAGAAAGAAAAUUUAGCAAAAAACAAAGCCCCUGCUUUCUAUAGACUAUGCAGUAGUUCCGACACUUUAGUUUCUGAAGGUGAAGAGAAUCAAAAGCCCAAAAAAUCUGAACCCAAGGUAGAUUCCUCUCCAAGACAGAAGCACUCAUCCUCAUCUAAUUCUCAAGGGAGUGUCCACAAGAAUAAAGAGGACAUAGCCAUCAGCCCACCUCCGAUGCCAAAGCCCCCAUCUGAUGACAUCACUCAGGUAGGACCUUCUGUGUGUCCUGUUGAAAACAAGUUCCUGGAAAGUGCCGGAGACGCCUCUGCUCCAAGAUUCAAUACGGAACAGAUUCAGUACCAAGAUGUGAAAGCAAUGAAAACACCUGUGCCUCCUGAAAGGAGACCACCUGCUCCGUCGUCUCCCAGGCCAAAACCCAGUGAGCUAAUCCGAUCUCGCUCCACUGACAGAAGGGUUUACAGCCGUUUUGAACCCUUCUGUAAAAUAGAAAGCACGAUUCAUCCAACUAACAACGUGCCAAAUGCCAGUAUACAUCUCUCCGAAAUGAAAAGCACAAAUUUGGUUAAUAAUUAUGGCCGCUCUAGUACAAUGCUUAAUUACAAUUCUCCUGUAUACCGCUCUUUUCAGCCAAAUGAAAACAAAUUUCGAGGCUUCAUGCAAAAAUUUGGGAACUUUAUACAUAAAAACAAAUGAGGAACUAUAUCAUUCCAGAUUCACCCAGAAAUUUCUAAAAUCAUCAUAGCUGUAAAUACUUAACUGGAGAAGACU